AAAACCGGAAGAGGAGUCGAAAGCGGAGGAGGAAGAGGCUGUUAUCAACCCCGAGCUGCCAAUGAAUGAAGUAGGCGUCGCUCGUCGGUUUAAUCUCCUCGCUCUGGUCGCCUGUCAGCGUGUGAAAACCACGGGGCUGUAGCUGGGAGCAUCUACCCAACUCCUCUGCGACACUCUCCCUAAACCCGAUCGGCCGCUGGUUGCUCCGCCUCGAACGACUCCACGGAUACUUCCUGGUCUGCGUGCGUGUGGCUGUGCGUGUGGCUGUGACCGGGCAGAGAUCGCAGAGAUGUCGGGGAACGGUGGCUCGGCCGUCGGCCUUCUCUCCUACGAGACGCUGGUUCACGCUGUGGCGGGAGCAAUGGGGAGCGUGACAGCUAUGACCGUCUUCUUCCCCCUGGACACGGCCAAGAGCCGACUGCAGGUGGAUGAGCAGCGGAAGUCUUACUCCACACCCGUCAUCCUGGCUGAGAUUGCAAAGGAAGAAGGCCUUCAGUCUCUGUACAGAGGCUGGUUCCCAGUCAUCUCCAGCCUCUGCUGCUCCAACUUUGUUUACUUCUACACCUUCAACACGCUGAAGAAGCUGGCGGCCUCUGGUCCAGGCAGGUCCGGACCCGGCAAAGACCUGCUGAUGGGGGUCGUAGCAGGGGUGGUGAAUGUCGUCCUGACCACUCCCAUGUGGGUGGUCAACACUCGACUGAAGCUGCAGGGGGCAAAGUUCAGAAACGAAGACCUCCAGCAGACCCAGUACAGGGGCAUAUUCGAUGCUUUCUCACAGAUCAUAUCCAAUGAAGGAGUGAGAACUCUGUGGAACGGCACUCUGCCCUCUCUCAUCCUCGUCCUCAACCCGGCUGUGCAGUUCAUGUUUUAUGAGGCCAUGAAGAGGAAGGCCGGCAAGGGAGGGAAGAAGAUAUCCUCAGCAGAGAUCUUCCUCAUCGGGGCUAUCGCCAAGGCCGUCGCCACCACGGCAACGUAUCCUCUUCAGACAAUUCAAGCCAUCCUGAGGUUCGGUCAGUACAAAGGUGAUGGAAAGGGCGCCAUGACCGGAAGCCUCUCCAACAUUUUCUCCCUCUUCAUGGACAGAAUCAAGAGGAAUGGUUUUCUUGGUCUGUACAAAGGCCUGGAGGCCAAGCUGCUGCAGACGGUGCUGACGGCUGCCCUCAUGUUUGUCGUGUACGAGAAGAUCACUGCAGCUACCUUCAAACUCAUGGGUCUGAACAAGAAACUGAAGCAGUGAGCAGUACAGUACAGCAAUAAUACACUUGUCGUAAGUAGGUUUCAUUAAUACCAGAUAUUUUAUCGAGUCACAUAAAAUGUAAUAAGAGAUGGGAUUGGUGGCUUCUGGUCUACAGAUUCCCACACUCGCUAAUACAGGGAGAGGUAACACUCAUGUCACCCGUUCUCUUUUAGCCCGAUUCCAUCAGUGCAGAUCGGUGAAUCUCUCUUGACUCGGUGAUCUCACAGAGGAGGAGCUGGGUUAAGUUGGGUUUUGAUGGUAAAUGAAAGAAGAAGUUAUGAGAAUGUAAUUAUUCAGCAUUUGGCCCUUCUGACAUAUUCACCAAUUCCUUUUUGUCUUAAUGAAAUGGAUCCGUCUAAACAACAUUUAAUGUCAGCAUGAAUUUUAUUUGUCCCUGUGAUGGACUGGCCCUUCACACGUAGAGUUAAUUAAGCAACAGACUGAUUGUCUGAUUGUGACAUACUUGUUUAAUUUGUACAAAAAACAAAGUUUAAUCACCAAAAAACUCUGCAGACUCCAGGAAAUAGUCUGGUACACAAACCUGUAAAACGGGCGAUGUCGUGUGUUUAAAGUUACAACCAAUGUGUUGAUUUAUGAAUGGGGCUGAGAGGUGCUCGUUUUUGGACUUUGUGACAUUGGGACAGAGUUGGCCUCAUUCGUAAGCAAAGUCAAUACUCUUUCUGUAACGACGAGACCAAAAAGAAUUAUUGUGUGUUGCCUUGGUUUAGGCCAUAUGGAUCAUUCCUCAUACACUCCGUCUUAUGUUUAACUGUGGAAUUAACUACGUUUGAUGUUAUACCUGCUGAAACUUCCAGAGGAUGAACAUUUUUGUCUUUAUUACAAUAUUAAGUGGUUAAUACUUUUUAGAUGUGUGUGAACUCUUUCCUUACUUUUUCAGGUUUGAACGUUUUUGUUUUUUUUGUUUUAACAAUUAUAAUGAAUUGAGAUGAAAUGAAUAUAACUGGGAAGAAGAGUUUAACCCUAACUUAAGGUUAAAUGUUACGUGUGAAAAUACUGCAGCAAGUGCCUCUUAAUUGUUUCUUCCAAAAAUGUAAUAUAAACUGUAAGUACUGUGAUGACUGAUGCACUGAGUUAUGUGUAUGGUUUUCAGGUCUGUAUUGGCCAGUAUGAAUGUUUCAUCUUUCUCAGGGUUAGGGUUAGGUGUCCUGUUGGUAGUGAACAGUUAUUUUCAAAUUUUGUUUAUCACUUUUCUGAGAUUUGUGAAUGGAUGUUUCCGCAGCCACAGUAGAUUCACAGCUGUUGUUGCUCUUAACGUGCAGUUUUAAUCAUUACAAGAGGUGCUGCGAUUACAUUUAGGUGAUCCAUCACGGUCUAUCAGUUCAUUAUACUAAGGUGUGCCAGUGGUCCAAUUAUUUAGGAUACUGUAAAAUUAUUUAAAAAAACUAGAAAUAAUAAAUUUACUAGACUCCUCUGGCUCCUCUGCCAUUAGGUUCACUCAAUUGUGAAAUGAAUCAGUUGUUUUGACUCAUGCACCUCCUGUCUGGAAAUGGGGCAUACUAUUUACAACAAGAAGAACUGUGAUGAAUAAUGUUUAUUUUUCUAAUUCAUAUAACUUAACAGAUUCUUUUUUUUGUGUUAAAAUAUAUCUAAAUCCUGGUUUCUAGCCCGUACACCAUGUAAUACAAUGACCAUAUGAAAUUGGACUAGUUAUUAAAGGUGUUUAUGAAAAGAAGACAUGAAAAAUAUAAAAGAACUGACAAGUUAAGGAUCUAAGUUUGAGGAUAACAGGGGGGAAGAAAAUGGGAAACUCUGAACAGAGAUAAUGUCACAGUCAGAUGAGGCAAGCGGAUGAAAAUGAACUUUAUUGAGAAGGAGCUCAACUGGUGGGGAAAAAAACAAUAGCAAAGGCAGUGGCACAUUUGAACGAUUACUGGAACUCUUCAUAACUGUUUUCAAUGCUUUUUUUAACCAGUGGCAACUUGUUUUCUAUCUCAAAGUUGGACUCGAUAUCACCGCCAGUAUUUUGUAACUGCUGAUGCAAUACUUACUUGAAGCCAUCUUCAUUUAUUUACAUCACAUUUAAAACAACCCAAAGAGUUUUCUAGUUUUGUUUAAUUAAACAUAACACUGUUUUGGGAAUUGAAAUCAUUGUAAUAACCAGGGAAUAAUAAAGUUUGUGAAACUAUU